AUGGCCUUCCGUUACGCCUUCCGCGUCGCGCGCAGCGGCCUCCGGUAUGCUGCGUCGCGGCCCGCUUUGGCGGCCGCUGCUACGACUGUCACGGGAUCUGCAGUGGCGGGCUUCGCUUGGGCAAAGCCCAGCGCAUGCCAGACCUCUUCGCUAGUAGAUGUGUCUGGCCUAACGAAGGUUGCCAAGACGGACGAUGUGGGGCUAUUGCCACAGCCAACGAACCCCAAGUACAAGACCGCGCUGGUCCAAAUCUACGUGGGUUCCCAGCCCUUUGGCGGCUCCGACAAGAGCGCCAGCGGCCACCGUUACGACUCCAUUCCCAUUGCCAACGGCAUGAUCGCGUCGGGCAUGAGCUGCCAGCUGGUCCACUACGUGCCAGAGGAGCACGACGCCUUCAUCAAAGCCAUGGAGGGCUUCGAUGCAAUCAUCGUACGCUGCAAUCCUGGCCAGAUCAACGCAGCGGGCGGCGAUCAAAUGAAGUUCGAUGAUGCCAUGCGAGGGCUGCAGAAAAAGGGCAAGCAG